AAGGCUCUUCGAAUAGUUCUGCUGGUGACUUCCUUACGACAUUGAGGGCAAGUCUUGGACCUGACAAUGAGAAAAACUGUGGGAUAAGACUGACAUCACAUACUUGCUGUACCUUGGAUUUCAACGACAAAUCUUGGAUUAUAUAAGAGUUUUACCACCCGAUGAGUUGGCAGCGGCGACGUCGUAGGUUUGGUCGGGAUCCCGUUUGGUCGUCAUCGUCGUUGACGUUCGUUGAACGGUUGUGCACGGGUCAUGGGGCCAUAGCGGGUGUACACACAUAACCUUCAUUCUAUGGCACUCUAGUACUAAAUAAAGUUGAUAAUAUUUAUUAAAUAAAAAGUGGUAAGCAAUAGUCGAGAGGGAUAAAAUAUGAGUGGACAAAAAUUUCAGUAUGACGAAAGUGGUGGUACAUUUUUUUACUUUCUCCUUUCGUUCUUGGCUCUACUGCUAAUACCUGGGACCUACUAUUUAUGGCCACGUCGGCCGAAACAAGAUCCCGAACUUGUUUCCAAAGAAUGCCAGUGUGAUGGAUGCAAAAAGAAAAAAAUUAUAUUACAGUCAAGUGAACCUUGGAAAGAGACCAAGGCAUUACUUACGAAGUUCCUGAUCAUCUUUGGCUGGGUUGUACUUAUUUUACUAGCGUACAAAGUCUCCCAGUUUGACUAUGAAAUGGCUAACUUUGAUCCAUUUGAAAUCUUGGGUGUUCCAUCAGGAUCUUCACAAGGCGAAAUUAAAAAAGCUUAUCGAAAAUUAUCGCUCAUUCUCCAUCCAGAUAAGGAAACAGGGAAUGAAAAGGCCUUCAUGAAACUAACGAAAGCUUAUCAGGCAUUAACCGACGAUGAAGCACGAAAGAAUUGGGAAAAGUAUGGUAAUCCGGAUGGUCCUGGAGCUAUGAGUUUUGGAAUAGCCCUGCCGUCGUGGAUUGUAGAGAAGGAAAACUCAGUUUGGGUACUGGGAUUAUAUGCUCUGGUUUUUAUGGUUGCUUUGCCUACUGUGGUUGGUAUGUGGUGGUACCGAAGUAUUCGGUAUUCCGGUGACCAGGUGCUGUUGGACACCACACAGUUAUACUAUUACUUUUUCCACAAAACCCCAUCUAUGACUCUGAAACGAGUGAUAAUGAUCCUUGCUGCAUCUUAUGAAUUUUACAAAGGACGCAAUAAUGAAAUCGUAGAACGGCCUGGUGAUAACGAAGAAGUGCCAGCUCUCAUUAAACAGAUCAGUAAUUUGGGAGCCAAAAAUAAGGAGAGGCCUUUGUGCUACGUUUAUUCACUCAAAGCAAGAGCAUUGCUCCAUGCUCAUUUAUCUCGAAUGCCCUUAAAUCCGGAAACUCUGGAGAAGGAUCGACAGUAUAUUGUGAAAAAGUGUCCUUAUCUUAUACAAGAGAUGGUUACUUGCGUUAAUCAAUUGAUAUUGUUAGCAUAUGCUAGGCGAAUUCAGCGAUUACCAAGUAUCGAAACCAUCGAAAAUUGCAUGAAGUUGUGCCCUAUGAUUGUACAAGGAUUCUGGGAGUUCAGGAACCCUCUACUUCAGUUGCCUCAUAUUACAGAUGAUAAUCUGAAGUAUUUCCUUGCCAAGAAGCGUCAAAUUAAAAGUCUUCAACAAUUUGCACAAUUGAAAGGAGAAGAACGGAGACAAAUUCUCAGAGCUCUAACCGAUAGCCAAUACGAAGAUAUAAUGAAAGUUCUGGGCAGCAUGCCAUACAUUGAAUUUAAAGUCCGCUCUGAAGUUAUCGAUGACGAAAACCCGACAGUUUAUACUGCAGGAGCAAUAGUCACAGUGACAGUGUCCCUGACACGUAAAGACAUGAAACACUUAUUUGGAGACAAUACUGUAAAGGAACAAACCAUAAUUGAUGAUAGUAAAUCUGGUGCUGCUGGAGAAGGUAAUGAAGAGGUUGUAGAAGAAGAAAAUCAAGCUGUUAAGAAGCCUGCCUGGGUUAGGCAAAGAAAGGGCCCUAAGAAGUCAAACAAAAAGGGGGCAAACAAGAAAGCACCACCACCCAAAGCCGUACCAGUACAAACUCAAGCAACUGCGAGUUCGACUCAACAAAAUAAUACACCAAAUAGUAGGAGAAAAGAUGAUGCCAAACUUGAAAAAGAUUCACACAAAGAAGGGGUUUCAGAUGUUAGCGACACAGAAAUCGAUACAGAGAGAAGUGAUGAUGAAGAAAGUUCUCAUGAUAAGAAAGACUCCGCAGUUGAUGAUGACGACACAGAAUGGGAAAGAUUUCAGCAGAGGAUCUCAAAGCGGGAGAAAAUCCUUGAAGGAAGGAGCAAACUCUCACAUGACGUGCAUUGUCCUCUAUUCCCAGAAGCAAAGCAGGAAUAUUGGUGGGCAUAUAUUUGCGAUCGAAAAAGUCAUACGUUGCUCACCGCGCCAGUGCACAUCACGUCAUUGGCAAACUUUGAAGAGGUCCAACUACGAUUUACCGCACCUCGUUGGCCAGGUCUUUACACCUUCACUGUUUGCUUGCGUAGUGAUUCUUACAUUGGCUUUGACCAAGCCCAAGAUAUAAAGUUGGACGUUAAAGAAGCCCCUGAAGUACCAACAGAACAUCCGCAAUGGGAUAUCUCUGAUGAGGAAACAGCAGAGGAUGUAGAUCCUGUUGAUGAACAUUCCGAAUUUACCACAGACGAGGAUAUCAGUGACAAUGAAUGAAGCCCGUUAUUUUAAUAUACUAGUAACUAUUGAGGUGAUGCAUUCACGUCUUUUUUUUAACCUAGAAGGCUGACUUAAUAUUGUGUCAUCACCUGCAGAUCUUUGCAGUUGAAACUUAUUUAUGGAACUGUAUUUUUUGCCCCCCUAUUUUUCUCGAUGAUAAAUAAUUAAAUUAUUACUGUUGUACAGAUUCAAAGUUUGAAACAAAAUUAGUCUAGUUAGAAAAUAAAAAAAUUUCAUCGGUGUUUAUGUUAUUAUAUCAGAGAAGUUAGAAUUGAAAAAAUCAACUGCUUAAUGGAUACUGAAAUUCAAAAAUCAAGUCAAUUAAAUAUACAUAGUAACACAGUGUUGACGACAAACCUAUGUAGUACCUAAAAGGCACACUGUUUGAAAAACUAUCUACUCGGUCCAGAGGUAGAGCUGAAUAUUCUGUUUCCUGUAUCAUUUCCAUAUUCAUUUGAUUUUCAAUUGAUAGGAUAUAAAUGAUAAUAAUAGCCAGUAGCGAAUGCAUCUCCUUAACUAACGCUCCAGAAAUCUACUGGUUUUUUUACUCAAGUUAGAUCACAUGGGACUUUUGUAUAGGUAUGAAUUGAUCAUGUGUUAUUGUAUGUAUUCAAUAAAAAUCAUACGACAACAGAUUACAAAUUUUCCCAGACAUGGGAAAGGGUUAGUGAAUAUUUAUUUUAUCAUUGUUAAUUGAUUUAUGACCGUAGAAACUAUGUGUGCACAACUUUGUAAUAAAAUGAAGAUAUCUGUAUGUUUAAAAA